UUCUACUUCUAGUUACCCAAAUUAAGAACGUACGCUUUUAGCGCGAGAGAGAAAUGGAGGCCCUGAUUGCCUCGUACGGAGACUCGUCGUCGGGCUCAGACUCCGAGUCGCCGGCUCCACCUCCACCACCACCUCCGGAGCUCAACAACCCUCAAGAACCGACCCCUGCGCUGCCUCCACCUCCUCUGUCACUUCUCGACAGCCCCAAUUCCUUCGAAUUUCUGGACUUAUCGGCAAGCGCCCAGCCGAGCAGAGUUCGGAACUUUCCUCACGUCGAAGGGAACUACGCAGUACAUGUAUACAUCCCAGUUUAUAUACCACCAGCACCAAGGAAAGAGAUGGCCUUGUUUUUGAACAAGCUAGCUUCUCUGCUGCCUGGUCUCCAUGCGGUUGACGUUGACUUCCCGCUUGACAUUCUGCGUAAGGACGAGCACAAGCUUGAACAAGUUGCUUUAGGCAGAGAGUUCCAUAUAAGUCUCGGAAGAACUGUUCCGAUGCGGGUGCACCAGAUUGAUUCCUUGGUGACAAUGCUGCGGCAGAAGCUUCAGAUUCAGAGGCGAUAACAAAGCAGAUUCAAGCUGUGAAUGAGGUGUAUAAGCUUCACAAUCUUCCUGAAUUUUACAAGGAUCCACGCCCUCACAUCUCGGUAGCUUGAGCAUUGGGUGACAUCAGCAAUUCCCUGAACAAAGUGGUUGAAGAAGAAAGACGAAGAUCUACCAUCGGAGGAUCGUUACAGAAAUGUAUUUUUACCAGUAAAUUCAAUGGUAUCGAUAUCGAAUGUAGGAUUGGUAAUAAAACACACAAAAUAUGUAAAUUUUCUGAAGAAUAAUGUAGCCAUUUAACUGUAUUGUGAAAUUCCGAGAAUAUAUGGCUGAGCAUUGGAUGAGAA